AUGAUCGCAUUUGAUAAAUUGGUUGAUUAUAAGAGUGACUUUAAGGUGGAUACUGGAAAGUUCCGUGUUCUUCCAAGCCAGUCCACCGUCGAGGAGGUUGCCAAGAAGUUGGAAUCACUCAAUCACAAGGCAACAAUUGUCAAAGAUGAAGCCGCUGCCCUCGCACUCAUCAAAACCCUAAUUCCAAAUGGUGCCUCUGUUAUGAACGCUGGUUCAGUAUCCCUUUCUGAGAUUGGUUGGAUUGAUUACCUCAAGGGUAGCCACCCAUGGAAGAACUUGCAUCAUGAUAUCCUGGAGGAGAAGGAUCCAGCCAAGCAGGCGGAGCUCCGUCGUCACUCAAUGUCAGCUGACUACUUUGUAUCGAGUGUUUCGGCCGUGUCAAAGGAUGGCGCCAUCUAUGUGUGUGACGCCAGUGGAUCAAGAGUAGGAGGCUUCUCCUUUGCUGCCAAGAACAUCAUCUUGGUGGUUGGCACUCACAAGAUCGUUGAGAAUGACAAGGAUGGUCACUCCAGAGUAUGGGACUUCUGUUUGCCAUCCGAGUCAGUGCGCGCUCACGUUGCCUACAAAGUACCAGGCAGCCAAGUCCAGAACAUGUUGCGUAUUGCCAACAGCAAUGUACCAGGCAGGAUCCAUGUCAUCUUUGUACCAAAGAUGCUCGGAUAUUAG